AGUCUGGACCCCUGGGUCUGAGGGAGGAGGGCAGUCCCUGUGCUCCUGGGCUCUGCUCACCUCCUGUGGCACCCCAGAUCCACAAGUCCUGCAAGGGCUGCUGGGUUGUGAACUUGCCCCUGACAACUCGUCGGUGCCCACGGCCAUCUUCGCGCUGAAUGGUGAGGAGUUCAUGAGGUUCAACCCCAGGAUGAGCAACUGGACGGGGAACUGGCCCGAGACCCUGACCAUUGGUCAGCUGUGGAUGAAGCAGGCGGACACGGUGUGGAAGGAGAGGGACUUCUUGCUCUCCUCCUGCCCUCAGCGGCUGCUGGGACACCUGGAGCGGGGGCGCGGAAACCUGGAGUGGAAGGAGCCCCCCUCCAUGCGCCUGAGGGCUCGGCCCAGCAGCCCCGGCUUCUCCGUGAUCACCUGCAGUGCCUUCUCCUUCUACCCGCCCGAGUUGCAGCUGCGAUUCCUGCGGGACGGGAUGGCAGCUGGCACAGGCAACGCCAGCGGCUUCGGCCCCAAUGGGGACGGCUCCUUCCAUGCCUGGUCCUCGCUCAUCGUCAAGAGCGGCGAUGAGCACCACUACCGCUGCCUGGUGCAGCACAAGGGACUGGCGAAGCCCUUCUUUGUCGAGCUGGAGUCACCAGCCAAGUCCUCAGUCCCAGUAGCUGGAAUUGUCCUUGGCUUCUUGGUGUUUGUGGCGGCAGCAGGUGCAGGAGGAGCUCUGCUGUGGUGGAGGAUGAGAAGAGGGUUGUCAGGUGAGUGGUGCUGAGAGGAGGGAGAGACU